AAUUAGAUUUCCUGUCUGACCGGAAGAACCUUUGUUGAUUAUUUUCAAGAUGGCGGCGGGAAUGUAUUUAGAACAUUACCUUGACAGUAUAGAAAAUCUGCCGUUUGAGUUACAGAGGAAUUUCACUCUUAUGAGAGACCUGGACACACGGACAGAGGAUCUGAAAGGGCAGAUAGACUCUUUGGCUCGUGAAUACACAUCAAACACGCACACCCUAGCCUCUGAGCAGAAGCUCUCCCUGCUCCGGCAGAUCCAGCAGUCAUAUGGCAAGUGUAAAGAGUUUGGAGAUGACAAGGUCCAACUGGCCAUGCAGACCUAUGAGAUGGUGGACAAACACAUUCGCAGGCUGGACACAGACCUGGCCCGCUUCGAGGCAGACCUGAAGGAGAAAAAGAUUGAGAGCACCGACUAUGACUCAACCUCCAGCAAGGGAAUCAAGAGUGAGCUCAGGGUGCCAAAAGAGAAGAAGGUGGCUCGCACGAGGUUAAAGGUGAAGUCAGACGACGACUGCAGCCCCAAGAGCGGACAGAAGAAAGUCAAACUAACACAAGCGCCUGAGUUCACAGCCCCUACAGUGAACUUUGGGAACGUCCACCCUUCGGACGUGCUGGACAUGCCCGUGGACCCCAACGAGCCCACCUACUGCCUGUGUCACCAAGUGUCCUACGGAGAGAUGAUCGGCUGUGACAACACAGACUGCUCCAUUGAGUGGUUCCACUUUGCCUGCGUGGGGUUGACAACAAAACCCAGAGGAAAAUGGUACUGUCCAAGGUGUACUCAGGAGAGGAAGAAAAAAUGAACCCAGAGACAAUCAUAACCCUAGAGGGAGGUAGAGUUUACAACGGAGGCUUCACAGUGUUUGUAUUGGAACAUGGGAAACCCUUCAUAAACACUAACAUAGACUCUGCAGGGUUUAAUAGGUCACACCGUCACAAAUUGUUUUCAAACGCAAAACCAAAAUGAGCAUUUCCUAUUGGACAAUUCCAGGUAGCCAUUCCCUGUAUCAGUCCGUGUUCUUCAGUUCAGUGUCUAAUGAACACGACCCCCAGUAUUAGGGUCCUUCCGGUCUGCUGUCCUGUAUAAUUCUCUUUGUUAAACAGAAAGAAGCAAUUAUGGACAUUUGACGGAGGUGUAGUUACAGAUGUUCCCCAAUCAUGACUAUUAUGUUGUAUUUUAUUUUAGAACUUUUUGACGGUUGCUUUAAUGCUUUUAUAUGCAGAGUAAUACAGGGACAUAUACCCUUAUUUUACAGCCAGUGGUUGUAGAUGGCUCUCAGCCACUCAGUUGCUUCAUGACAGACUGUAACAGCGACUCCUACUGGAUGCUUUUAUACUGAACACUAUUCAGCCCUGAUACACACAGAUAACAUGUAUCGACUCUUUCAUUCUCCAACUAUUCUCUAUAUUCACCCCUGGUUAUUUCCAGAUCAGACUUUUGGGGGACAGAACAUUUAUUGAUUAAGCAGAGUCAUUGAUGUAGUUGAUAGAUUUGACUCAAAAUGAGAAUAUACAGAUCUAGAUAUGCUAGUUCAGAAUGCUGUCGGAAGCGAACUGGACAGAAUUUCUCUCACAUUCACUUAAACAGCAAUUACCUGAAUUGCAGGUUGUUUGCACAAAAUUAGUGCGCUGGAAAAGUUAUUGCAUAAAGGAAUCUAGAUGGUAACACUUUAAAAAAUAUAUAUAUUUUCAGAUAUAUGGACAUUUUGAUAGGCCCCAUCUCAAAUCAUUCAACAAUGUCCUGUAUAUUUCUAUUAGGAAGAGGCAUAUCUUUGACUGGCUGUGCUUUAUGAAGAGCUUUAUUGAUCAGUACUGUAAGAAUAACCAUUUAAAUGUGCUUAAAAGUAUCGGAGUUACUGGAUACUUUGCUCCGUAUGGUUUGACUGGUGCCUCAAUAAUAUUAUUUCAAGUUGCCGUUUACUUUUUGUAUUCUAAGUGUAAUUGAAUACUGUUUUUGGUGUUUUCCAUUAAGCAAUAAAGCUAUAAAAAAAUUAAAAAACAGUAAAAUGACAUUUCUUAUUUCUAGAAGUUGCUCUAUCAUCAUUAGCUUAGCAUGUGUAUUCCUGUUUUAUUUCCUGCCUGUAAUCUUUUUCAGCCCAGUGUGUGAGAUGUCUAAGAAAGAUAAACAUGUAUUUGCAUGGAUGGUAUUGACAGAAUAUCAAUCUGAAGUCCUACAAUAGUUAAUCACUCUGAGAUGUUCUUUCCUUCUAUUAUUUCAAAACCUAUCACCCCCACUCCAGUGCAGUGUUCAAG